CUUCAGAGGGUGGAGGAAGAAAAGGAAUUAGAAAUGUGGAAAAUCCAGAUAAUUUUAAGCAAACAUUUGCUCAAGUUCAAGUUGAAGUUCCUGGUUCACUGAUUUUCAUCAUGCGAUUUGCUCGAGAUGCUCAUCAUCUCGAAGUUCAAGUUUUAGCGGAUCAAUACGGAAAUGCGAUCUCCUUAUUUGAAAGAAAUUGUUCGGAGACAUUUGAAUCGAUGGAAAGUGCUUCUGUUAGAUUAGCUAAAUUAGUUGAUUAUGUUGAACAUCCUACGAAAGAAAUGGUUUCAGGUGUGAAUUUACCUGCUCAAUUACAAAUCGCUAUGAGAAUUCCACUUCAUCAAAUUCGUUCCGAGAUCGAUUUUGAUUUUUCAGAUUCCGAGUCUCUUCAAACUCAAAGGAGACCUGCACCAAAACGUCAUGUAAUCACUCGUAUAACAGCGGAAAAUCCUGACGCAGAUUUAAACCAAGGUAGUUUGGUAUGGUGCAUGAACUUAAUUUUCGAGCAGCACGAAUGUUUAGCGGUUAAUUCUGCCGGUGGCCUUCAUGAGUUUGCUGAUUCUCAAUUUGGUCACAUUUUCGCUUAUGGGGAGAAUUGUCAACAAUCUCGAAAGAAUAUGAUAGUCGUGCUUAAGGAAUUGUGGACUCGUGGGGACUUUAGAACCACAGUGGAAUAUUUAGUCAAAUUACUUGAAACCCAAACUUUCGAAGAAAAUAGGAUGCCUGAUAAAAUGUUGGCUGUGAUAUGCGGUGCAGUGACCAAGGCUUAUACAGCAGCCAUGGAAUCCAUAAUGAGAUAUAAACGCGUCCAUUAUCAAUUUACCGUUACUAUACCAACUCCAGAUUCUUUCACGCUUUACUUGAAUGGGUCAAGGGUUCAAGUUUCUGUUCGUGCUCUUACCGAUGGUCCGAUGGUGAUGAAAAUGUACAUGCCGCUUAUUGCAACAGAAGAUGGUAUUGUUCAAUUUAUAAAACAACAAAAUUCUACGCUCGAAUCCGGUGACAUUAUUGAAAUUCUCACUCUUGAUGACCCUAAUCGAGUCAAGCAUAUCCUUGAAUGUAUAUUGGAUGGUUACGAUAAUCAAGCAAUGUUACAGAGUAGCGUCAAAGAAUUAAUCGAACUUUUAGAUAAUUCCGAUCUUCCUUAUUUAGAAUUUCAUGCAAUGCUUUCAGCACUCUCCGGAAGGAUCCCGGCCAAACUUGAAGCAGCUUUAUUGAGAAUUUCUAAUGAGACGCAUAGUCAAGGAUUAGAAUAUCCUGUUAAACGAUUAAAAGAAAUGAUUGAUAAUUAUUCUCUCGAUUUUAUCAAACCUUCAGACCUUUCAAUCAAGUAUCAUAUGUUGAAGUAUUCUAACAAACGUGAAGAAGCUGUUCAUGCUUUACGGAUAAGUGUUCUCAAUUAUCAGAUUAGGCCCGCAAAUGUUGGACAAGCCCUUGACAAAUUCUAUUCAUCGAUUUUGAAAAAAUUGGCGGAACUCGGAGGAAGUUUCACAACCAAAGUUGCAUUGAAGGCGCGUGAAUUGUUGAUUCAUUGUCAUUUACCUUCUUAUGAAGAAAGGUAUGCUCAAAUGGGAUUUGCUGUUUUCGAUGUUCUUCCGAAUUUCAUUUAUCAUCAAGAUAGUUGGAUCAAGCCCCAUUUAUGGUCUCUUGGAACUUCGUGCUACGACUAUAGUCCAACUGAUUCGGUCGAAAGCCCCUUGUUUUUUAGUAUGAGACGUUCAGCUUCAAUAUCAGAUUUAAGUUAUUUGAUUCCGAAAACCGAGAAUGAACCACUUUGUGUUGGCGCCAUGUUGAAAAAACAACUCAAACCCCUUAUACAACGACAUUCUUAUGAAUUAUGUGAGCAUGGGAUACGAAGAAUUACCAUAGUCCUAUUUCGUAAAGGUGGCUUAUUAGUUCGUCCUGAUCGGUUGCGAAAUAGCGUGCUAACGGCGGAUUAUCUAAUCUCGGAGUCCGACAGAUUAUUGAAUGAGAUUUUGGAUC